GAAGGGAAAAAAAGAAAAGACAUCUACGAUCUAAUUCAUGUAUUCCCUCUUGAUAGAUCAUCUACAUCUGGCUGCCUCAGUCACCUUGAGCAGUGUCAUAGGCUAUGUCUUUUGGAAAAUGUACCAACAGUUAAAUACUAAUGAACUUCUUCCUCCAAAGGCACCUGGUUACAUUCCAAUUUUGGGCCAUAUAUUACAGCUUAUCAAACCUAUUCCUAUCCACAUACUAUUCUCCAAUUGGAGUCAUGAAGUUGGCCCCAUUUACACUUGUUACUUUGGUGCUCAAAGAUGGAUUGUUCUAAACUCUAGUGAUCUAAUAAAAGAUUUGAUUGUUGGUCGCGGAACAAUCUAUUCGUCUAGAAAAAUGCCUACAGCACUUACUGAAGAUUUAUUUCAAGGAGAAAAAGGAGGAGCCUUUGCCUUUAUGCCUUAUGGUUCUAAAUGGCGUAGUUUUCGCCGCAUAGCACACUUAGGACUGAUCAAGCCCAAGAUUACACUUUAUCAGACUAUUAUUGAUGAACGUCGAACAUCGUUUAUUUCUCACCUUUACCACAUCUCUACUGAAAAUGAAAACAUGCAUGGAGAAGGCAUUAGUUUAUCUUACUUUAUUGAGCACUAUACUCUAACAUCUAUCCUUGCAAUUGUCUUUGGUGACAUGUGUUUUUUUGAACCAAGCGAUCCCUUAUUGCACAGAAUAUUCAGUCUUACAGAAAGAGCAGCCAAGGCACUCAGUCCAAGCGAUCAAAUCAAGGAAUUCUUUCCGAUUCUCAAAAAGAUACUCCCAAAAACGAAAACGAGAUAUAUUGAAAUUAGUAAUGACGUGCAAAGCUUUUACAAUGCUCUUCUUCAACAGUUCAAAACACAAGAAAAUCGUCAAAAGUGCUUUGUUAAAGAUAUUAUAGACCAAGGCGAGUUGACAGACCUUCAAAUUAUCCAUUUCAUCGCUCUUUUUGUUGGCGCUGGCUCAGAAACAACUGGAUCUACUAUUGAGUGGGCAGUUGCCUACUUGGCAAAUCAUCCAGAGAUUCAAGAAAUGGCCUAUGAAGAAAUAAAGUCUCAAAUAGGACUUUAUAGACUCCCUGGGGCAGAUGAUGAACCAUUGCUGCCUUUUGUUCAAUGUAUUAUUCUAGAAACCCUUCGGAUGCGUCCUCCUGCUCCUGUUGCUAUCCCUCAUGCUACAAGUACAGAUGAUACCUAUAAGAGCUGGCAUAUCCCCAAAGGCACCAUCAUCGUGAUGAACCUAUUUGCUAUUCAUCAUGACCCCAUACGAUACCCUGAUCCUUAUCAAUUCAAGCCAGAAAGGCAUAUACAAUUUGUUAAGGAUACCUUGGACGAUCGUAAACUUUCCCAGUCAGUGGAAGAUCGACCUCAUCUAAGCUUUUCGACAGGACGCCGUGUAUGUGUUGGUAUUCAUCUUGCCGAGCGUAGUUUGUUCAUGGCUCUUUCUGCCCUGUUGGCUUGUUUCAAGAUCGAAAGGGUUUCUGAACAGCUGAUUGAUGUUGAUGUGGUUAGAGAUGUACGUGGCGCUACUUUAGCUAUUCCUCACUAUAAAAUCCGUCUAAUUCCUCGACAUGAUAAAGUAUCUCUAUUUACCAAAUAAAAAUGCCCUGUACAUUUUAUUUUAG